ACCCUGAGUUCCAGUUGCCAAGUCGGUUGCGACAAGAGAGCAAGAAUGGAAGACUUGUGAAGCCUGAAGUGGCAGCGGCCAGCGACGCAGCGGUAGUGCCAGCCAGUUAGUGUCUGUCACGGAGACGACCCAGGGACAUGGACGGAGCGCGGCUGUGACCUAUGUGACGCGAGGUGCGAGAGUGGAUGACACUCCACGCAGAGCUAGCAGGCGGAGGAGGAGGACAGCGGCUGCAGCACAUCAGUAGCUGAGUAUCACACACACCCCCAAAACGGCACACAACACACAAUUUACUGACCAAGAGCUAAUCCCAGACAGUGGACAGAUGGUUAAGAUGCCCCAGCGACAGCGGCACAACACAGGCGGGGGCGCUGGAGGGGCAGAGCUGCCCCUGCUGGACCCUGGCGUGAUCGAGGCCCACAACGCCGUCACCACCGUCCGUUGCUGCGUGCCCCUGGCGUGCGGCUGUCUCCGGGGCUACGAGCCCAUCAACCUAGACUCUCCCACCGGCUGUGUCCGCGUUCAUUGUAACAACGAGCACUGUACGGUGGGUAAUCUCAUGCACGGCGAGUGCUUCUCUGCAUGGGAGACGCACGUGCUGGCCUUCCUCAGGUCGUGCGGCCGUGCACGCUCCUGGUCAGAGAAACAACGCCUGCAAAACUUAUGGACAAAACGCGGGUACGAUCUGGCUUAUAGGGCGUGCUCCUGCCUGUGUAGUCGCGGACACCUCCGCAAAGACCUUGAUUGGACACCCCCAACAGAAUCAGACGAUGAAAAUAGAACCAAAAAGAAGAAAAAAAACCGUCAGAGCCAGAAGCCCACGCUGGUGACGGUAGGCACUGGUGCCAUCAAUAACAAUAACCCCAACACCAGUAACAAUAACACAGUUAUUAGCCUGAGUACCACUCCGACCGGCGAGAUCCCCGGACAACCAUGUCAACGCCACCGAAACAAUUCUAUUUCUUCAACUGGGUCCUCGCCGCCCUCAGACGCGCCUACUAGCCCUCACCACGCCGCCCUCGCCAAGCGCAGGUCUAGAGACUUCUUCACUGACAGAACCAGACAUGGCUCAGGAGGGAGCGGUAUGUUCGCGCGAAGGCCAGACUUCAGCAGUUUCAACGCCUUACCACGCCACAAAAUCAACUCCUACCACAUCAAGAUGGAGGAUGAUGGGCUUCACGGUAACGACGACACUCGCUGCUUCAUCCUUUCUACCCUGGCAGCCCAGCGGACGUCCAGGACGGCGUGUGUCCUCUGUCAUCAGGCCCUCCUCGUCUUUGACCGCUACCCUCUACUAGACGGGACCUUCUUCCUCACACCUAUCCAGCAUGCCAAAGCUGCCAUUCCUGUUCGUGUAGAGGGUCGGCAGCAGUACCUGGCGGCAGUGUGCAUGGGGUGCCUGGAGGGGUGGUCAGUCAGUCUCCGGUGUGCCUACUGCAGUGCCCGCUGGAAUGGCUCGGCACUCAUCCUGGGUACCAUGUACUCAUUUGACAUCUUCGCUGCCAUGCCCUGCUGUGAAAGUAGGUUAAAAUGUAGCAAAUGUGAGGCUGUGGUUAUCCCCCCGGACCAGAGGUUGAGUUUCUUCAGUGAUUACAGCAGAACUCAUGCAUGUCCAUCUUGUGGCCAUGUAGACCACCACUUUGUCAAGCCCUUAAGUUCCUUCAUCAGAGAUGACAAACAGUCUUGGUAGUCCCAGCGCAUCCGCCUCCCUCGAGCCAUCACAGCUCGUGGGCCAAUGGCAGGCGUGAGUGCACCAACAGAACACAACCCUCAAAACGUUUUCGGAGAAGAGUGUGUAGAGUGAACUAAGAGGCAUCAAGAAGCAAGAAACAGUUAAGUGUUAAGCCAUCAUAGAGCAAGUAAUCGUUGAGACAUGGGUUGCCUGGAGAGAGCGUUGUUGUUUUUUUUUCUUCUGAGAACUUUUGUAGAAGAGCAUUUUGUCUUCAUAAAGGUCAUUAGCAGUCACUGAGUGGAGAGAACUUAGUGGGGUUUACAUUCCAGAAGACUUUUUUUUUUCUUUUUGUCUGGCAUCCAUUAGAGGAAGUAGGGAAGGAAGCUUGUAGAAGUUGCAGAUGAACUGGUUUUGAAAAUCUAAUAAACAACAUGAUGAGUUUGUGGAUGAAACUGGUUUUGAAAAUCUAAUAAAAGACAAGAUGAAUUUGUGGAUGAAGAGUGAACAUGUGUGGAAGGAGGUGAAGAACCUCGGCUGUUGGCCCCAUCACAAGAGCUGAAAUUUAGACAAGAUAGCCUGACAAUGACAAAUGGAAAAAUUGGCCUUUUUUUAAAAUUUGAUAUUUUUUGGAGGUUGCUUUUGGAAUGAAUCAGUCUGCAUACCAUCAGGGUUACAUCAUGCCUAACAAAGGAUCCAUAUGCCAUGUGCAAGAAUCUUCCUACACAUUUGUGGCAUAAAAUAAAAUGCUCAUGUGGGCUACUUGGUGUUUUUUGAUGUCCAGUUAUGGUGUCUGGCGGGGAAAUACAUGGACAUUGUAAACAAAAACUAACCUAUAAGGAUCAGGAAAAUGUCUUUUUGCUUUUUUUGGGGGGUCCACUGGAAACUCGUGGACGGAUGUAAAUACAUAGCGAUUAGUUGUAUUCUAAUUGUGUGAUCUAUUGUGCUGUCUCCAACUUUAUUCCGUAAGUCCGAAUUUCGAUGUUUCAAUGUAGAAAUAGUCAAAGAUUCCUUGCUAACAUAGAUCCAGAGACAAAUCUCAACAACCCCGUUUGAAAUUCGCCAAAACAAUGAGAGACAUGACAGAACUAAAGAUGUGGAUGAUAUUGAACAUUGAUACUAACUUUGUGAGGAUAAGUGGAGGAAGGACAGGAGAAAUGAGAUAUUUGAAAUAUUAAUGAGAAUAGAGGAAAGUUGGAAAAGUACAGUCUGGUAGAGAACUCUGCGAGUUAUUAUGAGGAAGUGCUGAAUAGAAGAAAAAUAAAUAGGGUUUUGGUGUCUUUGUGAAGGAGAAACAUGAAAUUGUCUAGAACUGGAGAUCAUGAUCAGAGGCAUUAAGAACAGGCGGUGCAAAAGAGAAGGGAGAAAUCUUUUUCAUAAGUCUCAGACCUUUCCCUCCGAGGUGAUGUCUUUAAUGGGAAAGAAGCUAGGACAAGUUAAAAAAAACAAUCAGAAAAAAUUAUAAUUAAAAGAAAAUGAAUGGCUUGUGACAAACAGAAUACAGUUGGGAGAAGAGAAGAUAAGGGCAAUAACUGAGAGGAGCAGGGGCAGAAGAGAUGAAUAGUACAAGAGGAAAUCUGAGACACUCGUGAGAGUUGUCUUGGAACUGAAGAGCCCGUAUCUAUCUUGGUUGCCUGAAUGACGAAUGUUGAGGCCAUCGAAUGCUACUACAGCCCCACCCCCAACAGGACAUCUUGAGAACCACUGGACCACCACUGCAAUGAUCUGCAUGGUUCACCUUGGUCUCGUCUUUGGUUCGCUGCCGUUUUCUGGCUUCCAGUGGUCCUCUGUUGACCACUGGACCGUUGCAGAUCACUCAUGGCCACGGUCCUGCUCCUGAUUCUGUGCCCGUCAUCUCGGCUCCAAGCUGAUGAUAGCAGUAGCCUCGUGGAGGGAUAAAUGCCUGUAAGUUAGUUCAAUGUGCACUCUUUUCUUUGUAAUGUAGCUCCUAAUGAAGUAUAUUUCCUGAAAUGACAGUGAAUCAGCUUGUAUGUAGGGUGAAAAUAAGAACUUUUUAAAACUCUCCAUAUUGAAUGUGUAAGGUUUUUUUACUAGUAGCUUAAAGAUGUACCGUGUGGACGGUUCUGCUCCCGGCCACUGCCUGGAAAGGGAUAAAUUUAUAAAAUCCAGAAUAGUCAUCUGUACACAUCUGGCUAUGAUUGUAACAUAUCUAGUUAUAAUUGUUAGAGAAACGAUAAAGGGUCAGUUGCAGAAGCGUUCACACAGUGGCUUCUGUUCAUGCAGAAAAAACUGGAGAUGCAGCCUGAGAAGUCGGGUGAGGAUGGUUUUAGUCACUCCUCAGAAUUUCAGAAUCUGACAGAAUAUUGAGAAGUAUUCCAUCAAAGUAGGCAUAAAAUGGUGAGAAAUCAAAUUUGUGCUUGAGUCAAAGGGCUUUAAUUUGACAAAACAUCUUUAUAGUCUUAUCUGUUCAGGGAUUUAAUGUAAGGAUAAGUUAGGUGUAAAUAUUGCUUUGGAGAAACAUCAGUUGCAAAGUCAACCAGCCAUAACCCAUUUAAGUCCCGUAGUGAUUGAGUGAUGUAUAGCACGAGAGGCACAAGCCAGAACAUAUAGAUUAUAUAUAUAUAUCAAAGUUUAAUCCAUCACAGGAACCUUUUAUUAAGAGCCACAAGUCAUGAAAUUAUUUUAUUGUCGGUAUUACACAUGACCACCAAGUAAAUCCCGACAUUCUUUAGAUUUAAAAGUGCUUGACUGACUAUUGGCAAGGAGAGCUGGUACUGAAGACCCGUCCAUUAUGUCCCUAACUCAUUGACUCUUGGGUUCAUCCAUGAUAUCCUACUUGUGUUGGACUUUGUUAUGCUCUAGAAGACCUGGAGUGACUCAAGCAGCCUGACUAACCUAAUCAGCACGGAUUUGUAUUUUUCUGACCCUGUAUAGCUAAUAUAUUAUUUUUCACCCACAAUUUGACAACUCUUUUGAGACUGGGAGAACCUCUGACCUCACCUGACCUGACUUCUUCGGCGCAGACUUCAGUCGUGUGUGCAUCGCUAGGAUAAGCUAUUUGGGACCUGAUUCUUGUGACCAAACCAGCGAUUGUCAGUAUCCAUGUAGGGUCAUUGACUUGUUAACUUGCAAAGCUUUAAUUUGUGUGAGGACGUAAAGUUGAGGAAACAGGAGGGAGGGAGGUGGUCACAUGUGGACUGAAGUGAUAGAUAUUGGUGCUUCUUGCUGUACCCUCUCGUCAGCAAUUUUCCUAGUAUUCCUAGUAGUAAGUAUUUAAAUUUCUAGCAUUACAACUUGUACUCUUCAAUUUGAAGCACAUAAUUAUUAAAAUAAUGCUCACUUGUUCAUUGAUUCUAAAGUCUGAAUCCCAUAUUUUCAAUACAACUGUCUGUCAAAUAGGGUGACAUGUACAGCUGGUAAUAUCUGUCCACGGACGAUUAUUUUCGGAUAUGAGUGACCAAAUAGAUGACCUCCUUGUUCCUCUGCUUACAACCUAACUUCUGGUACUUGAGGACUUUUCACACUACCUGAUUACUUGGCCAUGACUCAUUGUAAACAGUCUGUUGUUACUUAGGGAAUAGCUAAACGUAAUGUAAAUUGUAUAUAUUAUCAGCUUGGCAAGUAAAAUGUGGUGGUCAAGCUUAGCCUCAUGAUGGGAACUGUGAAGUCUGGGUGAGCGAACACAAAUUACAGCUUUUGUGAUAGUGAUUAUUGAGGAGAUGAGCAGUUCUAGACCUGAGCAGAGGCUUAAUUAUUGAAGAAUUAUAGUCCUGUAAAAAACAGAUCUGAUGUUACAGGAGUACAAUGUUCUGGAGGCAACAGCAUCCAUCACUAACACAAACUUCUUUGUAUUGCUAACUAAAAGUCGAUUAGUUUUACUUGAUGGUGUCUGAAAAAAAGUUUCAAAUGUUAGAAAGGGAGCAAAGUAAAUUGUGUCGUGUGCAGAGGUUAGAGUUGCGCUCUCUUCGCAAGUCGUGAUCAGCUGUGUUGUCGCGAAGCAGAAAUGGCUUGCAUUUCAGCUGGGUGAAACCUGGGCAAAAAUAAGAUGCAGACCGCAAUUCCUCUUAGGGCCAAACUUCUGCAGUAAAAACCGGCAGAGUAUCGCCCGAUGUAUCUGAGUCAUGUGUUUGGUAUUUGUCCGGGUUUGACGGCAGUUUGUAUAGGCUAAUUUUUAUCAGCUCAAUUGUGAAUAUUGUUUGGUAUUUCCGUAAGUAGACCAAGAUAAAGGAACACGAGUCACACUUUUGUUUGCUUGGCUAAGUUUGAUAAGUUUCUGGAAAAAAAGAAUAAUUUGUCGAAUUAGACUGUGCCUUGCUAUGGAUAAAUGAAAAAAAAAUGUGUUGCUUUGUUUUUAUUUUAUUUUUCCAAAUUGGCUUCAUUUGUAAUUACAAUAUCAUUCUGGAAAAUAAAUUUACUUUUUUACCCCAA